AUGAGUAUACCUGACGAAACCGAAGAACAGCGGAAUAAACGUCUGCAAAAGCUGUUCAACUCCCUUGACGUCGACCAUACCGGGAAGAUCGACCUCGAAGGACUGAAAAGAGCUUUCGAAAAAAGUAACCAUCCCCUUAAAGGCUCCCCGGAAGCUAUUGAGCAUAUUUUCAACUCUCUCGACUAUAAUCAUGACUCUGUCGUUGAUUUUGAAGAUUUCAAGCGGUACGUAUCGAUUGCCGAAACACAAAUUAAACAAGGCUUCCAGCAAAUCGACCGCGAUCAAGACGGAAAAAUCAAACCGAGUGAGCUUUCAAGUUAUCUGAGCAAGCUGGGGAACGAUGGUGAACUUAAGUCCGAGAAGCCAGCUUUGACAUUCCAAAACUUUAUUCGAUGGGCAUUCACGUCAAAGAAAAAGGAAGCUGAGAACCCUUCAUAUAUCACGUACGAUCAGUGGAGAGAUUUUUUAAUAUUCAUGCCCAGAAAGAGAGGCUCACGUUUGCAUACAGCAUAUUCUUAUUUCUAUUUAUUCAACGAGGAUGUGGAUUUGUCUUCAGAAGGUGAUGUGACUUUAAUUAACGAUUUCAUACGUGGAUUCGGAUUUUUUAUUGCAGGGGGGAUUUCUGGAGUUAUCUCACGUACGUGCACUGCCCCAUUCGAUAGAAUUAAAGUGUUCCUUAUAGCAAGAACCGAUCUAUCGUCCACGUUUUUAAACUCCAAGGGAAAGCUACUGGAAAAGAAUCCGAAUGCAGAUUUGUCCAAAAUAAAAUCACCACUCAUCAAGGCAGCCACCUCACUUUACAGACAAGGUGGUCUUCGUGCGUUUUAUGUUGGCAAUGGCUUGAACGUUAUCAAAGUUUUUCCCGAAUCAGCUAUGAAGUUUGGGUCAUUUGAGCUUGCCAAAAGGGUAAUGGCUCAGUUAGAAGGAGUAAAAGACACAUCCCAGCUCUCACGCUUUUCAACCUAUAUCGCAGGUGGCAUGGGUGGUGUGGUAGCGCAAUUUUCAGUGUAUCCGAUCGAUACUUUGAAAUAUAGAAUUCAAUGCGCUCCUCUCAAUGCAAACCUUAAGGGUAACGAGCUCUUAAUAUUAACGGCAAAAGAUAUGUACCGUGAAGGAGGACUCAGAUUGUUUUAUAGAGGAGUCACCGUUGGUGUCAUGGGUAUAUUUCCUUACGCAGCACUAGACUUGGGUACCUUCUCUGCCUUGAAAAAAUGGUACAUAACCAGACAAGCUAAAUUGACUGGGGUUCCUGAACACAAUGUGACUAUUAGUAACAUGGUUGUUCUUCUAAUGGGGGCCUUUAGCGGUACUGUAGGAGCGUCUGUUGUCUAUCCGAUAAAUUUAUUAAGAACAAGACUGCAAGCACAAGGCACAUAUGCUCACCCGUAUAGAUAUGACGGGUUCAGAGAUGUUUUGUCUAAAACAAUUCAACGCGAGGGUUAUCAAGGUUUAUUUAAGGGUUUGGUACCAAAUUUGGCAAAAGUAUGUCCUGCCGUCUCCAUAAGUUACUUGUGUUACGAGAAUUUAAAGCGAGCUUUCGGAUUGGAGCGUUAA